AUGGAAGGGAAAACGGCGAGGGCCCGCGGCGGCGACGUGUCCGACCCGCUCGCCCUCACCCUCGGAUCCAUCUACGACGCCGCCGACGACGCCGCUCCGCGCGACGACGACAAGGAGGACGUCGGCGGCGGGCUCCAGGACCAGGAGCCGCCGUUCCCGUGGGCGACGGAGCGGCCCGCGCGGCACGACACGCUGGAGAGCCUGCUGCGCCGGGGCGUCACGACCGUCGAGGGCCAGGCGCGGUGCAAGCGCUGCGCCGCCCGGAGGCCCGUCGCGUACGACCUCGCGUCCAAGUUCCGGGAGCUGCGCGACCACGUCGUCGCCCACCGCCACGCCAUGGACGACCGCGCGCCCGACGCGUGGAUGUACCCGGCCCUGCCGGACUGCGCCGCCUGCGGGCACAAGGGCGCCAUGUGGCCGGAGAUCGCGGCCGACAAGCGCCGGAUCAACUGGCUGUUCCUCCUCCUGGGACAGACGCUCGGCUGCUGCACGCUGGAGCAGCUCAAGUACUUCUGCCAGAACACCGGCAGGCACCGCACCGGCGCCAAGAACAGGGUGCUCUACUACGCGUACAUCGAGAUGUGCAACCAGCUCGAGCCGUUUGAUUGACUGGUGGUGCCACACCGGUAAAGUUUCCCGGCCAGCACAUCUAGAUUGAUUUAUCAGUCAGAACUCCGCAGAUUUUUCAGGGUGUCUGUUGUUUUGUUGAUCCGGUGGUUUAAAUUGAAAAAGAUGCAUAUGGAUGCUAUGGUGACAAAA